GAUUGUUGAGGCGUAGGAAGCGAUUACUUGGCUGACUGAACCUGAAGCUUCCGUGCUGCUGUAUGAGGGGCUUUGAUAAUUCGCAAAUCUGUCCUCAUCACUGAUUGGCUGUCGUUUGUAAGGCCCAAUGCAGACGGGGGAGCCGCAACAGGUGGCAUACGGACAUCCCUGGGUAGCUCUCUUUACUGUGUUCUUCAAGGUCUCGGCUAUCAUUGUAUACAUCAUCUGCGGCCUGUUCAGCAGCAGCUUCGUGACAAAUUAUGUCAUCGUGGUUGUUCUGCUCAUGCUGGACUUCUGGACGACAAAGAACGUGGCAGGACGCUUGUUGGUGGGGCUGAGGUGGUGGAAUGAGGUGACUGAUGAGGGGAGUAACUGGAGGUUUGAGACGCUUGAGGAGGGGCAAAGGGCUAUCAAUGGAAAGGACUCUGCAUGCUUUUGGUGGACGCUGUACAUUAUUCCACUCGUGUGGCUCCUGUUGGGCAUCGUUGCCAUCGUCAGGCUGAAGAUAGACUACCUGCUUGUGGUGGUGGUGGCAGUGGUGCUGAGUGGCGCCAAUGUGGUGGGCUACACCAAGUGCAGCAAGCAGGCGUCCGCUCAGCUGAAGAGCUAUGCACAGCAGGCCGUCACCAGCGGACUCACGGCGGCAAUCUCCAGAGUAUGAGCAAUACCUUGCAGGAAGUGCAAGUGUGAUAAAAUCAUUGUGCCAGCCUCUUUCAGUGCAGCUGAUUCCACUGUGAACGUCCUAAUAGUAUCUGCUGGACAAGCCACCUGUUACUUGUCAUUUGUAUCUAGAUUCUUCCCAGUCUUAUGCCCUUCAGCGCCCAUGCAGGGUUGUCAGUGAUCACAUGAUGAACAUGUCUGCAGCUGC